GGCUGGGGAGGGAGGCCAGAGGUGGGGACCUGGAAUUCCUGCUGAGCAGGGGCUCUGGGCUACCAUGCAUUAGAAGAGGGACUAGCAGCUUCCUUCAAGUAGCUUUUUACAGAAGACUAAGAAAGUGCCCCUGUGGCAAAAUGGGAGUACAAUUUUAGAGACUGUGCAAGGAAAGCAUCCCACUUCCAACACAUACGCACACACACAUCUGAUGUUAUACAGCCCUAAGAAACUUAAUAGGCGUUUUGAAUCCUGGCUCUCCCACUUACUGUGUGACUCUGGACAUUAUUUCUCUCUUCUGUGCCUCAGUUUCAUCCUUAUAAAAUGGGACUCAUAAUACUCACCACUCUUAGGGGUGUGGUGGAAAUUUAAUGAGGGGGCCUGGCAGAUCGUAACGGCAUAAUCAACAUUAGCUGCUAUUGUUAUUAAGCCAUUUCAUAGAUGAGGAAACUGAGGCUUGGAGUGAGGCAAGGCACAAGUCCAGGUGCUCACAAAGUGGAGACAUGAACCUAGGGCUCUCAGCCAAGGACCUCCGGGACUGUCAGGUCAUCUGUCUUUGGAUUGGAAAGGGGUGGAAAAUAGAAGCCAAGAGCAAACCAGAGAAGAGAAACAGGGGUUGGGGACCCAGAAGGAAGAGAAGCAGGAUGUGUGUGGAGGUGGCCAACCUCCUGCGGCUAUUUCAGAUCCCUCAGAUCAGCUAUGCAUCCACUAGUGCCAAGCUGAGUGACAAGUCCCGCUAUGACUACUUUGCCCGCACGGUGCCCCCUGACUUCUUCCAAGCCAAAGCCAUGGCUGAGAUUCUCCGCUUCUUCAACUGGACCUAUGUGUCCACUGUGGCAUCCGAGGGCGACUAUGGCGAGACAGGCAUCGAAGCCUUUGAGCUAGAGGCCCGUGCCCGCAACAUCUGUGUGGCCACCUCGGAGAAGGUGGGCCGUGCUAUGAGCCGCACAGCCUUCGAGGGCGUGGUGCGAGCCCUGCUGCAGAAACCCAGUGCCCGCGUGGCUGUCCUAUUCACCCGUUCCGAGGACGCCCGCGAGCUCCUCGCUGCCACCCAGCGUCUCAAUGCCAGCUUCACCUGGGUGGCCAGCGAUGGCUGGGGGGCCCUGGAGAGCGUGGUGGCAGGUAGUGAGGGCGCUGCUGAAGGUGCCAUCACCAUAGAGCUGGCUUCCUACCCCAUCAGCGACUUUGCCUCCUACUUCCGGAGCCUGGACCCGUGGAAUAACAGCCGGAACCCCUGGUUCCGCGAGUUCUGGGAGCAGAGGUUCCGCUGCAGCUUCCGGCAGAGAGACUGUGCAGCCCACUCCCUGCAGGCUGUGCCCUUUGAGCAAGAGUCCAAGAUCAUGUUUGUGGUCAAUGCGGUGUAUGCCAUGGCCCACGCGCUGCACAACAUGCAUCGCACCCUCUGCCCCAACACCACCCGCCUCUGUGAUGCAAUGCGGCCUGUCAAUGGGCGCCGCCUCUACAAAGACUUCGUGCUCAACGUCAAGUUCGAUGCCCCCUUCCGCCCAGCUGACACCCACAGUGAGGUCCGCUUCGACCGCUUUGGGGACGGCAUUGGUCGCUACAAUAUCUUCACCUAUCUGCGGGCAGGCAGUGGGCACUAUCGCUACCAGAAGGUGGGCUACUGGGCAGAAGGCCUGACCCUGGACACCAGCCUCAUCCCAUGGGCCUCCCUCUCAGCCGGGCCCCUGCCGGCCUCUCGCUGCAGUGAGCCCUGCCUCCAGAAUGAGGUGAAAAGUAUGCAGCCGGGGGAGGUCUGCUGCUGGCUCUGCAUCCCCUGCCAGCCCUACGAGUACCGGCUGGAUGAGUUCACCUGUGCUGACUGUGGCCUGGGCUACUGGCCCAAUGCCAGCCUGACUGGCUGCUUUGAGCUGCCCCAGGAGUACAUCCGCUGGGGCGAUGCCUGGGCCGUGGGACCUGUCACCAUCGCCUGCCUAGGCGCCCUGGCCACCCUCUUUGUACUGGGCGUCUUCGUGCGGCACAAUGCCACCCCAGUGGUCAAGGCCUCUGGCCGGGAGCUCUGCUACAUUCUGCUAGGUGGUGUCUUCCUCUGCUACUGCAUGACCUUCGUCUUCAUUGCCAAGCCAUCCACAGUGGUGUGCACCUUACGGCGCCUCGGGUUGGGCACUGCCUUCUCCGUCUGCUACUCGGCCCUGCUCACCAAGACCAACCGCAUUGCGCGCAUCUUCGGUGGGGCCCGGGAGGGAGCCCAGCGGCCACGCUUCAUCAGCCCUGCCUCGCAGGUGGCCAUCUGUCUGGCCCUUAUCUCGGGCCAGCUGCUCAUCGUGGCUGCCUGGCUGGUGGUGGAGGCACCAGGCACGGGCAAGGAGACAGCCCCUGAGCGGCGGGAGGUAGUGACAUUGCGCUGCAACCACCGCGAUGCAAGCAUGCUGGGCUCGCUGGCCUACAAUGUGCUCCUCAUUGCGCUCUGCACACUCUAUGCCUUCAAGACCCGCAAGUGCCCUGAAAACUUCAAUGAGGCCAAGUUCAUCGGCUUCACCAUGUACACCACCUGCAUCAUCUGGCUGGCCUUCCUGCCCAUCUUCUAUGUCACCUCCAGUGACUACCGGGUGCAGACCACCACCAUGUGUGUGUCCGUCAGCCUCAGCGGCUCUGUGGUGCUCGGCUGUCUCUUCGCGCCCAAGCUGCACAUCAUCCUGUUCCAGCCACAGAAGAAUGUGGUUAGCCACCGCGCACCCACCAGCCGCUUCAGCAGUGCAGCUGCCAGAGCCAGCUCCAGCCUCGGCCAAGGGUCUGGCUCCCAGUUUGUCCCCACUGUUUGCAACGGCCGCGAGGUGGUGGACUCAACAACAUCAUCGCUUUGAGGAUCCCCACACUCCUGCCCCGACACGGCUGCUCCCCAGAAGCCGGCGCAGACCCGUGUCCAGGGCCAGGAGGAAGAUGGCUGGAGCACUGCAAUAAUGCCAACCCCGUGCCCGCCCCCAGCGCCACUUACCAACCUAUUCACUCAAACCCCUCAGAGUCAGAAGUCAGAGUCCUUGGUCUGGGAGCCUCUAUAACGACCACCAACUGCCCUUGCAGCUGUGUUCCCUCCUUGCCAGGCCCAGGACUUGGAAGGGAGCAAGCCAGGGUCCACUCUGCACUGGAACAGGAAGGAUGAGGACUGAAGGCCCCAAUCCCCAAUCAGCAAAGGUGCUUCCAGCCCUGCCCCUCCCUCCUUCUAGGGCCUUUUAAAUUUUUUAUAUAAGUUAUUCUGGGAUGGGGAGGGGGGUCAAAAUGGGGGCCGUCGCUCCUCCUGCACAGUAGUUUGUCCUGUAGUUUAUUUUGUAUUAUCUGUAAAUAAAGUGUCUUUAUUAAAAAAAAAAAAAUCACUCUUUGCCUCUGAUCCAGGGAGGCCCCUCACCCCCACCACAGCCUCUCAACCUUCAUUUUGCCAGUAUUUGUUCACUCUGCUCUGUGCCUAUGCUAGGAGGAUCUGGUGGCCACAAGACAGACCCAGUCCCGCCUGGUGGAGACACAGAAAAUGAAUAAGCCAUCCUUCCUUGAAAGGAGCUGCUACAGACAGGCCAAGGCACUACUGGGGUGAGGAUGGGAGAUUUAAAUGGACACAAGCUCACCUGGCAGUCUGGGGGAGGACGUGGACGAUGUGGGUGAUGGAGCAGGCGGGGAAGCUGACUGUGACCCUUGGGAACUGUGGGCUUUUCCAUUUUCUGGCCUGCCUGGCACUUGGAGGAGCCUUUGGUCAGCUCAGAGCCAGGCUGAGCAUUUGGGGUGGAGGGAGCCAAGAGGAGGCACAGGCUGGAGCAUCGCCUGUUCAUGUGGUGCGAACAAAGCCAGGAAGAGGGCGUGAGGAGGGAGGAGGUGAGGUAGGGAGGGCAGUUGGAGAGACCAUCUGCUGUCGGACCCGGUGAGAGGUGGGAGAAGGGGGCCUUUUUCCCAUCCCUGGAGGCGCUCGCCCCGCGGUGGGAUUGUGGAGCCCAGCGCCCUCAAGCAGCCCCCGCGUUUGCAGUCUGGGACUCACCAGCAGAGGGCGCCGAGGCACAGGCUCGGACUCGACUCAGCCAAGCAACCGCUGCCCUCCUGUGGCCUAGGGGGCAGAGGGCACGCAGCUACCACAGGAGCAGAGGAAACUGACGUUUUGGGGGAGGCCCCAGACUGUGGUAUCUUAGAGGGACGAGGUCCUGCACUGGGAGACGGGCAGACCAGGGACAUUUGUUUUUUAAAUUCAUUUUUACUUUGGCAGCGCCGGGUCUUAGUUACGGCACACAGGCUCUUCCUUGUGGCAUGUGGGAUCUUUUAGUUGCAGCAUGCACGUGGGAUCUAGUUCCCACCGGGCCCCCUGAAUUGGAAGCACCGAGUCUUACCCAUUGGACCACCAGGGAAGUCCCGACAUUUGUGAUUUUUAAGUGAAUUCAUUUGCAUCUAUAGGCUGGUAAGGCUGUGGAAAUUUGGGUUAACAAUUUAAGAAAUGAAAACAGAAAACUGAAAAAAGAAAAUUGCAAGAGUGGCUUUUCCUCUCCAGCCAAUAUUUGGGGUGUAGGGAUGCCAAAUAAAAUACAGAAUGCCCAGUCAAGUUUGAAUGUCAUAUGAACAAUGGAAACCUUUUUGGUAUAAGUAUAUCUCAUGCGAUAUUUGGGACAUACUUACACUAAACAUUUUUAUUGUUUAUCUGACGUUCCAAUUUACCUGGGCAUCCUGUAUUUUCACUUGCUCAUUUUGGCAACUCUACUGGGGUGUCUCUGCCCCAGAUCCCUGCCCUGAAUGAUCCAGGCCUAGGAGCAGCCCCUAGUGACCAGACAUCAGGGUGCUGCGCCCCAUGGGAAUUGUGGUGCUGUUCCCUGCUUCCAGUGUGGCCUUUUCUGGGUCUUCAUGCUAAACUGGAUCCAAGGAACAUUUGCCCACCCUCCCAGGCCCUAGGCAGGCCAAGACAGGGCUUUGCAACUGAGCAACUCUGCAACUCCUCUUGCAACUGAAAAGCAAUCCUCCUUCGCAUGGCUCAAGUAUAUUUUCCUUAAAAUGUAAUAAUAAUAAGUUUUAAAAGGUAGUAAUUAACAUGGUUCACAGCUAAAAAGGUACAAAGUGUAUUCAGUGAAAACUCUCCUAUCCCUGCCACCCAUCCAAGGAGAGGGCCCAGAGGCCUGGGAGCUGGAGGCAGGUGAAGACUUCCUAAAGGUCAGUCCUCAAGUCUAUGGACCACAUCCCUUUCCUUCCUCUCUUGCCAUCCCCACUCCCCGACAGUGUUGAAGGCGGAGAAUCUCUUGUCCUUCACUCCUUAGCUCUCAGUCCUUAUCACACAUUACUAAGACCAAGCGCCCAGUUCUCCCCCCAAUCCUAAGUGUUCUGGGUUUAUGUCCCUGCUCUCUUCUCCAAUGCCACAUUCAUGUCCACAAAGCCCUGAAAGGGGUGGGGGCUCAGAGGCCCCUGCCCUUUCCGGAUGUUACUGGAGAGUAGGUUCUUGUCUCGUGGCAGAAAGAAUUCGGAGACGAGACAGGGAGGUCAAGAAAGCAAAGCCAGGAUUUACUUAAGCAACAGAACGCUCAGAGAGCGGGCAGGCUCAAGUGACUAGCUGGGCUGAGCUUCUUAGGCAAGCCAGUUAUGUGGGGUAUAGAAAUGAAGGAAUGGAAUAUUCAUUGGGGAGGAUUCCCUGAUUUUCAUCCCAGCUCCAUGUUCCCAAAGGGAGGAGGGAUUUUUGUCCUUUAGUCUUGAUGAGAAGUGUCAAGUACACGAUGGGAACUUCUUAUCUGCAAGGCUAAUUUUAUUGUAAUGAGAGCAUAAUGAGCAAAAUGUUAGAGAGUCGCGCCUUUUCCCACUUUUCUUUGUCUGGCUCCAGGACACUUAUCACCCCAAAUGUGUGGUUUCCUGUCAGUCCUGAAGUUCCUGCUUUUCUUCGUCUGCCCAAGGACCCCCACUGUUUACAAGAUGUGGUUUCCUGCCAUUUGGCCUGUGUCCGCCUUUCUCUGUUCACAUCUAGCUAUCUACCUGCUCUAACAUUCCCCCUUCAAGGAAUCUGGACCCUUAAAGUCUCUCAAGGGGCAAAGGGUCGAUGGUCCAUCUUCUGUAACUGCUUCAAGCUGAGCAUGGGUGUUGUCCCUACCUAUGGGUCCAGGUCUCCUUGCUGUCUGUCAGAGAUGGGGUUUGGGGGUUGUUUACAGUGGUGGAGAUGGAGAGUGGGGAGUAGAAGGAGGCAGCAUGCUUAUCCAGUGGAUGUUGAUAGUCCUCAUCUUCAAGUGGGAUGGUUUGAAAUCCCUGACGUAUCAUCAUUUGAAGCUGGAGUUUUCUGAAGCUGUGGGAUUUUUUUCCCUUGGCACCUCAGGUUUCGCUAUAGCAGCUAACAGGGAGAAACUGGAGUAUAUCUGAGUGUAUUCAUUAUAUUAAACAUUAGUCCGGAAUAUUGUCCAAUCCCUCUGCUGGCCUUCUCUCGUGUAUUGUUAACUCUAUUAUUAUGCUUUUAUUGUGAGUUUUAGUUUUAUUUAUUCCAGUCACUAGGUUCUUCCACCAGAUAGUGACGCUCCCCACAUAUUAGAUAUUGGCAGUCUGGUUGGUGUCUGUCACCUAACUGUGAUUACUAAAAAUUAGAGUGUGAUUGUAGUAUGUUUCAUUAAGCCAUCGUAAUUCUUGUCUCCAGAUGCUAAUACCAGUAAAACAGAGGCUAACUUUGUCUAAAAGCUGAAAUACCCUUCCCUCUGAUUUGGAGGAGGGUGUCUGUUCCAGAGACCUUGGCCUCCAGUUGGUUUCUGCCCCAGUCCUUCCUUCUUUACUGCACUGGGGUGGUAAAUAACCAAAAUAUUUUGCUGUUUGCCCCAUCAAGUCCCUCAAGGAGGUAGGGAGUCCUAAAAGAUGUAGGUCCUUUGGGGAGGUACAGCUGUGGGGGCAGAUCCAACCAUCAGAAGAGUUAGUAACUUUAGCAAUGGCAUUCAUGGUGUCAGAUAGUGGAUGUUUGUAAGCUGGAGCUGUGACUAUGGGAAUAAGAAGGGACUUCCCUGGUGGCGCAGUGGAUAAGACUCUGCGCUCCCAAUGCAGGGGGCCUGGGUUUGAUCCUGAUCAGGGAACUAGAUCCCACAUGCAUGCCGCAACUAAGAGUUCACAUGCCACAACUAAGGAGCCCACCUGCCACAACUAAGACCCGGUGCAACCAAAUAAAUAAAUAAAUAUUAAAAAAAAAGUGACGCUGGGUCUGUCAGACCUCAUGGUUGGAAGUUGCUAGAAAGAUGUUAGGGGAUGUUUAAAAAAAAAAUCCAUGUUAAACAUGUUUAAAAAAAAAAAAAAGGAGGACCAUUAGGAUGGGUGAGGUUAAAGGAGCCGUGACCUCAUGAGAAGCAAAAGAGCAGAGAUACAGGGAGUUUACUGGAAAGGGAGGGUAUUGACACCUGGAAGGAAGCCAUUAGCCUCCUUUAAGGUGAUUUUUAAAGGAGUGACAAACUUUGUUUUCCCUGGGAUUCCCUGAUCCGAGACCUGUGGAUCUAUACGUUUUUCUGUUUGUUUUUAAUUUGGGGGGAAUAUUUGGAGCUGGAUUGUCCAUAAUGCAUAAUCCAGCCAAAAGUAGGCCUUGCUUUUGGUUUUCAGGGAGAGUAAGCGUUGCCGCCAAGGCUGAGAGAAAAUCCCUUCCCAGUAAAUGGACUGGGGCAUUUAGGCAUGAAAAGAAACUUCUGAGUUAUAAGGGUCUUUCCCUGGGUGCAAGUGAGAGGGGUGAUGAAAUGUUUUAGCUUAGGCCUUCCUUCUACCCCAACAAUAGAGCAGGUUUCAAGGGCAAGGGGCCCAGUGUGAGAAGUCAGGACAGAGCACAUGGCUCCCGUGUUCACUAGAAACUGGACAAGCUUACCUGCCACAUCAAUGGUCACCCGCGGUUCCUCCCAUGUGAUGACUGUCUUCUAGGAAGCCUUGGGAGGUCCCAGGUCCCGUCAAUCAACCACUGCCAUGACUGGCAUGGGGGAAUUUCCUCACUCCCUUCAGAGCUGGGGGCAUUUCCUCCUCCAGUGGCCCAUCUUCUUACAGAUUGGGCAUGGUGUCUUGGGUAGAGGUUGGGACCUGUUUCCUGGACAUUCCUUGCUCCAGUGUUUGGAGCUCCCACAGGUAAAACAGGCUCCCUUUCCUGGCAGAGGUCUUCUGAGAGUACUUUUGGGGUGAUCAGGAGGUGGAUUAGAUCUUGUCAUGACAACUGCCAAAAGCCUGGCUUGCCAUUUCUUUUUUUUUUUUUAAAGAUGGAUUUUUUUAAAUUGUUACUUUUAUUUAUUUAUGGCUGCGUUGGGUCUUUGUUGCUGCAUGUGGGCUUUCUCUAGUUGCAGCGAGUGGGGGCUACUCUUCGUUGUGGUGCGCGGGCUUCUCAUUGCAAUGGGUUCUCUUUGUUGCGGAGCACGGGUUCUAGGCGUGCAGGCUUCAGUAGUUGUGGCACGCAGGCUCAGUAGUUGUGGCUCACAGGCUCUAGAGCGCAGGCUCAGUAGUUGUGGCACACGGGCUUAGUUGCUCCGCGGCAUGUGGGAUCUUCCCGGACCAGGACUCGAACCCGCGUCCCCUGCAUUGGCAGGUGGAUUCUUAACCACUGUACCACCAGGGAAUUCCCUGGCUUGCCAUUUCUUAAGUCAUGCUGUUCCUUCCUUUCUUCCUCUAUUAAAGACACUGAAAGCCCUGUAUCAACAAGAAGGUUGAGAGGGGUUUGGGGCCCCAUGGCAAGCUUUGAAGCUUCCGACGGAUGUUGGGCUGAUUGUCUAGUGAAGUGGGUUGCAAAUACAGUGUGUCCCUCAAAAGUGUUUGGGUCUACAUUCAUAUACUUUCUGAGGGCAACUGCCAAUUGGGCCUGAAAUAGGGCUGGAUUUCCAUCUUGGCCUUGGGUGAUCUCUUUAAGCUUACAGUUAACAGGUUUAAUUAUGCAUCCCUUCAAUGAGGCAAAGGCUCAUGUGGCCCCCUCUAGUGAUACCAAGCUGGCCUGGCUGAUAGUCCCAAUUGGGAUCCAUUAGAGGCACUGCUGUCAUGCCCACAGGGUAUUGAUGAGGUUGGGCAACGUGUAAUCCAUCAGCAUGUGUUUGAUGCUGUGCCCAAAUACAGGUCUUUUCCUCAGUGGUGCAGCAGUGGAAAAGAACAAUAUUUAGGUCCUUCCAGGUAAAGUCAGAGGAGAGAGUCAGUCCCUGGAAUUCUUGGGUGAACCGGCUAGAGUCCUCCCAGAAUCCACCCAAGGGAGUGCGGUGCUGGUUGAGGUCAGACAAAGGAAAAGGGGGGUGGACUCUGGUAAUUCCCUGAGGCCCACCUACUACUUCCUGAAGGGGGCAAAGAAGCUCUGGCUGUGCUUUUGGUACAGAAGGGUAAAGGGGCUUUUAGGGCGGGGGAGGGGC